AUGGACAACGCUUUCGAUAUUUCUGACGAAGCAAUUUUAGCUGAUGCCACGGCCUUUCUUGCCGAAGCGACUGAAAGCCAGAAGAAAAAGUUGUGCCGAUUCCUUCGAGAACACCCAAGACGUGUGACACUCGAUUCGAUUUUCCCUGAGAAGGAACUUUCCCUCAGGCUUGAGCUCAUCGGAGAGCUUCGCAGGCGUCUACAACAAGACUUUGGUACAUCUGAGGAGCCAUUCCACUUUUCCAACAUUCAGAUAGCAGCUCUCUCCUUGAUGUCAGUCGAGACUCUGCAGGAUCUUCGUCAAGAUGCCUCAUUUAUGAUGACUGAUUCGACACUCUAUUAUCAUCUGCCUUUUUUGGUCCACGGGACAUUCCCUGCAGCUAGAAACAUAUUCGCGGCGAUGGUGACACAAAUUGCCUCUAAGAGCAUCUACCGGAAUAAUCAGGGUCACGAAAAGUGCUUUCUUAAAGAUCUACGAGUGUGCGUAUUGACUGGGACUACAUACGCAAUACCCUGCUAUAUUGCUCCUGUUGGUCUUACCACAAGCCAUAUGAAUAUGGAUACCGUCACAGAUUCCAUCUUCUUGAGCAAGCUUAUGGGAGACGUUGGAGUGCAGAUUGGCCGCAUUAUGGCUACAGAUUCCCUAGGUGCUUUCAACAAAAGUUGGAACAUGCUUUGUUUGCACCCGACUUUGUGUAAAUGGUGGUCCGAAUGUUUAUUUGGUCUGAGGUACCUAGACAUGGCCACAAAUGACGAUGGAAGUACUGCUAUUCAAAUCCAAUUUAAUUGGAUGCCGAGAAAUGAGGUCGAACCCGAUCUGAGGGUUGAACCGGCUUACGAUGGCGCCAUUGAUGCUAUGCUGCAAAUUACAGUUACAGACGAACAAAGGGAUUUUUUCUACUACUUGUCAUCUGGAGCGUCGUUCGAGGUGACAGUCGACAAUAGAGAAGAGGCCCUCAAGAUGAAGGCAGCCCUUGAGUUUCAGUGGGUGGCUGUUAGACUUGCAGCCAUGUCUGGCUUUGCUAGAUUUUGGAAAUGGGAACUGGAACUGGAUUCAUACGAGGACGAGAUUGAUGAGGAUGAUGAAGAUAACAGAGACCUUGACUUGUACUAG